CGUUAGUCUCGGUGGAACACAUUGUAGCGAGUUUUGUAUCAAUUUCUGGUUGUUACACAAUCGCCAGGUUGUCACCCUUACCUGUGGGAAGAAUCUCAUUCGUAAAGACUUUUAUUGCUUGAUUGUACAAUUCCAGGUGCUGGCGUGCAAAGGAUCGGUGCGGAAAAUCUAGAUACCGGAGGAGGUGCUGGCGGAGGACACUUGACCUGUUCGAUCUGGCCAUGGCCCUGAGGCAAGCGGCUCUGAGCCUCCUGAGCCCCGCCAGGCGCACGGUAGCCGUCAGCUCCUUGAGGACACAGGGGACGGCAAAAGCCUUCCGAGAGAAAGAUGAAAAAUUUGAAGAGCGGAAAAUUUCAAAACCGGCUAAGGUACAGUUUGAUUGGCGUGAUCCCUUGAACCUGGAGAGCCAGCUGACUGAGGAAGAAAUUCUGAUCAGAGACACUUUCCGCGCAUAUUGCCAAUCAAAGCUGAUGCCAAGGAUUCUCAUGGCAAACCGAAAUGAAGUGUUUCAUCGUGAGAUCAUACAGGAGAUGGGAGAGUUGGGUGUAUUGGGAUCAACAAUUAAAGGCUACGGCUGCGCUGGUACCACGUACGUAUCUUAUGGACUGAUUGCGCGGGAAGUAGAGCGAGUGGACAGCGGCUACCGGUCAGUAAUGAGCGUCCAGUCCUCGCUGGUGAUGCAUCCGAUCGCUGCCUACGGUACGGAAGCACAGAAGCUAAAGUACCUCCCAAAACUAGCCAAAGGGGAACUGCUGGGCUGCUUCGGUCUAACAGAACCAAAUCAUGGAAGUGACCCUUCAAGUAUGGAAACCAAGGCAAGAUUCAACCCAAGCAGCAACACCUACACACUAAAUGGAUCAAAGACUUGGAUUACGAACUCGCCAGCGGCCGAUAUCUUUGUGGUCUGGGCUAAGUGUGACGACGGGAAGGUGCGGGGUUUUAUUCUGGAGAAGGGAAUGAAGGGCCUGGCGGCCCCAAAAAUCGAAGGGAAGUUCUCGCUGCGAGCCUCUUUGACGGGGAUGAUCCUGAUGGAGGACGUGGAAGUGCCAGCAGAAGACCUCCUGCCCGGUGCAGUGGGCCUCUCAGGUCCUUUUGGAUGUCUGAACAAUGCUCGGUACGGAAUUGCUUGGGGAGCCCUGGGAGCAGCAGAGUUUUGUUUGGAAACGGCCAGGCAGUAUGCUUUGGACAGGAUUCAGUUUGGGGUCCCCAUCGCUAGAAACCAACUCAUCCAGAAGAAAAUGGCAGACAUGAUGACGGAGAUCACAUUGGGUCUUCAUGCCUGCAUCCAGCUGGGGCGAUUAAAGGAGGAAGAUAAGGCUGCUCCUGAAAUGAUCUCUAUGCUGAAGCGAAAUUCUUGUGGCAAGGCUCUGGAUAUUGCCAGGCAAGCACGCGACAUACUGGGUGGAAAUGGGAUUUGUGAUGAAUACCACAUAAUCCGGCACGUCAUGAAUCUGGAAUCUGUAAACACUUAUGAAGGUACCCAUGAUAUCCAUGCAUUGAUCCUUGGCAAAGCUAUCACAGGACUGCAAUCUUUCACCGUACAGAAAUAGUCCCAGUUGCCUUCUGAAAAUCAGAAAAUCAGCACUUUGUCGAUUUAUAGUUAGUUUGCUUUAAACCAAAUUCCACAUCAGUCCAUGGCUCAACCAGCGUUUUGAAUAACUUGAGUACUGAGGUUCCCCAGCUUUCAAAACUCCUUGUUUUCCUAAUUAUAGAAUCAUACAGCAGAGGGAGGCUGUUCGGCCCAUCGUGCCUGUGCCCGAUUUUUGAAAGAGGUUUUCAACUAAUCCCGCUCCCUGUUAAUAGCCCUGUUAAUUUUUUUCCCUUUUCAAAUGUUUAUCCAAGUAUCUUUUGAAAGUUACUACAGAACCUGCUUCCACCACCCUUUCGGGCAGUGCAUUCCAGAUCAUAACUCUCCUUGUUUUUAAAAACAAAUCUUAUCUCAACUUUUUUGCCAAUUUAAGUUGCAUUUUAACAGUUAAUUUAUGGAAACUUCUAUUAAUGGUACAGCACAGAUACAAGGGGUUGGGGAAUAAUAGUCAUAGUAGGAUAUUAUGCAGAAGACAGCCAUUAGGUCCAUCAUUUGUCUUAGAUCUUUGAUAGAGCAAUUAAGAAUUAAUCUCACUGCCAUGUCCUCUUCCCAUUGCUUUAUAUCCUCAUCGGCUUCAAGUAUUUAAUUUGAAAUGAAUUUGUUCUAUUUUUGCUUCUGAAUUGACAAUUCAAUGCUGAGAGGUGAGAGAACAAAAUUUAAAUGGGCAAUUCUUUAAAAAAAAAUCCUAUUUUCCAUUCAAGAGUUUUUCAAAAUCUUUUCCUUUUCGCCUUAUCCUUUAUUUCAGUCCGGACCCUUUUUUUAUUGAAACUCAAUAACUUGGAUUAAUGCAUUUUAAGCUUUGCUUGUGCAGAAAGUCAUGUAUUUAUGUGUAACAUCACCCAGAGUAUCUGAACUUAGCUGAUCUGAGGAAGGUUUCACACUACAUCAGCCAGGAGCUAAAAUGUUCUCACUCGUGCCUCUUCAUCUGUGCCUUAAAGCCACACAAAGGUAUGCCCUCAACCACAAGCUAUUUGCUGUUUACCACAGCACUCCUAACAAUGCAAACAUUUAUAAAAUGAUAGGAUAAGUACUUAUUGCAAGUUCCUGGUUUCCACAAAGGAUUGAGACAAAUAUGAUUCCAGCCCUUUCCUCUGCCCCAUGCAACCCUGUUAUCCCAUGUAACAAACCUGGUUUGCCAUUGGCUAUUGUUCUCUGCUUUUAGAGUCUGUAAGUAAAGCUGGCAGUUUUGGGGGUGGGGGGGGGGCAAGGAACAUCACAAUAACACUACCCACUCCCUGCCCCCCAAACAAAACCCUGUUAAAAGUUACAGAAUCCGAUCUUGUAAAUCAGGAUCAGCUUUUCUGAUGAAUGAACCAGUCUGGUCUUCAGUACUCCACAGUGCUACUGUUGAGCCAGACAGGUUCAGUAUUAGAACAUGAAGGUGUAGGUUUGCGAUUGGAAUUCUUGGCACUGAGUUGAGUUGGUUAAACUCCAGUGAGCUUCCGGAGAUGUCCUUGAAUCUUGACUCUAUGGAAUUUGGUAAGUGGGAUGUCUCUCUACAACGAGAAGAGGGUACACAUUCCAAACAGAAGCUACCUGUGGGAAUUUCACAAUGGCGUUCCUUGGAGACUCUUUUAACAUCAUAAUAUGUUUCUGGCUGUGUCAGACCAAAAGAAAAGCAAGUUUUCUGGAUGUGAAAUAAAACUGUCUGAAUGACUGCCCUACUGACAAGACCUGUAUCUUGGAGAGUUGACACUUUGGGUUCAAUGUUUGGAUUUUGUUUUAUACAACCAAAAAAAAGCCCCCAUCCCCCCUGCUAUGUGGCUGACCCUAACCAAGAAAUUUUGUGAGUCACAACUUGCUGUAAGGUUCCUUUGCUGGCAACUGCCCGACACUCUGUAUAAGCCCUGAGGAGAUUCUCCCAGAUGUGCAGAAGCUACAAACUUUGUCUCCAAACUUCUGUCCUUGCAGAGUUGAGGUGCUUCUCUCAUUUGGCAUUCCCUCCCGCACCUCCCACUAAGAACAAAACUGACUAUACAUAUGGUGUAGGAUGGCAAAUGGUGCUGUGCCAAUUUCCUUUAUAAGAAGCUUGUCAACACUGAGUUACAAAAAUGUUAUUUGUAAAGUUAGCAUUAUUAGUAAAAUAAGAACCUAACAAAUAAUAUGCUGUUUGCGUGUGUUUCUAAAGUAAAUGUCCUUUUGUAAACGUUGUAAUGCAUGGUGCAUUUCAGCGUGAGUUUAACAUGCUAUCUCAUGCUGCUAAGAACUGUGGAUUAGCGUGUUUGGAUUUUGUUACUUCAGUUUGAGUUUUAUUUUGUUUUCCCUCCCCAGCCCCUCCCAAAAAAAUGAGAAACACUAUUUCUUGAUAAUUUGUGGAGGUUUGCAGAAGUGAUUAAUGAGGGUUCUCUAUGUAGACAUGGUGUGUUCACUGUGUUAUUGGUGUUAUGUUUGUGCUUUGUUCCCGUGGCCCCAGCCAUUUCUGCCCUGAAAAUAACCUCUUCUAGUUACUUCUCCUUCAAUUCAUAAACGAGUAUGACUUGCAGUCGGGUAUCUCGCCUGCUGGCAGCAGGCAGGCACAGGUCAGAAAUUCAUGUGGACAUUUGAACUGUUUGGCUUCCGUGGGCUGGGGAUGAUUGUUGUAAUGAAUGGGAAGAAAAAUGUGUGAGCUGAUGAACGUAGAAGAGAAAGAACCCUGGUGAGUAUUUUCUUCUAUAAUUCUGACUACCAACGUGAACUCCACGGGGUUCAGCUGACCUCCCAUGCACAACGUGACACUGUGAAGGUCAACAAAAGACUAUUGUUCAAAGUUGCUGCUGGUUAUUGUGCAGUAUAUGAAAUAAACAGGAUAUUCUGACUCA